AUGUCAGCCCCAGAAACCAGAGAAUCGAUCCUCGCGCGACUGGUCGCCAAGGAAAAGGUCAUGUUGGCUAGCUUCACUGGCAUCCAACAGCCUAGUGCAAUCCUGCUCGAUAUCAUCAAUGACCCGCUCAAAGUCGCAGCCCUCAUUCAUGCCAUCGAACGCCAGGUCACGCACCUCCGCCAGCGCACUCUGCUCUUCGAUCGUGGAGAAGCCACCAUCUUUGACCGAACCCUGAUCACCCUGUUAAGCCAGGGCGCCUCGAGCCAGAACUUCGGUCUGAUGGAGUUCUACCUCAUCCACUACGUCCAUGUCAAGCCCCAUGGUCCGAAUGAGCACAACAAGGCUCUGAUCAAUGCGCACCUUGCAGGCCAGGGACUGAUGGAUUCCGGCUACGCCACCACGCGGACCAUCGACACGAUCCUGAACCUCGCCCCCGCAUCGACCGCGGGCGCCGACUCCGCGCCCCUACACAGCGCGGUCUCGGAGGAGACGGCCUCUGUCGUGGCGCCGCUGCCGCAGCAGCAGCAGGGGGAGGAAGAGAAGAAGGUGGCCGGGGUGAACAACCUCGUGGGAGUGUACCAGCGCGCAAAGGCUGAGUACUACAAGCACGACGCCGAGGGUCGCCACGACCGAAAGUCGAACGCUGUCCGGUUCCUCCGCGAUACUGCGGAAAACCUCCUCCGCCACCUGCGGAUCAGCGGGCUGAGUGGUCACCCGCUGAUCGCCGAGCUGGAAGAGCUGGCGCCGCUGAGCCGCUCUCAUUUCAUCCGGCUCACCGGUGGCCGUAAGCGCAGCUUCGACCCCCGUCCCCCGGAGAUGUGUCGGGUUCCGUGCCGCCCUCGGACCGCAAGAGACGGCGCCAUCCUCGGAAGCAGCGCAUGA